AUGUCCUCCCCCGACGAGCCGCAGUCGAUCAAGGCGCUCUACGCCGCCGCCGAGGCCGCGCGCGCCGCCCUCGAAGCUCGCCCGGACCCGCGCUCCCCCGCGUACGCCGACGCCGUGGCCUCGACGCUGGCCGCCUACGCCGCCUGCCGGGAGCGCGUGGGCGCCGCGGCGCUCUUCUCGCCCAACGAGUCGUUUGAGGACGUGGCGACGGCGGCGCUCCCGUAUCUCGUGCUCGACCUGCGCCGCGCCGACGUCGUGCAGCGCACGCCGUACGCGGACCCCCCGCAGCGGCGGCUCGUCGUGCGCCGCGCCCGCGCCGCGUACGAGUCCUUCCUCGCCCUCGCCGACGGCUACGGCCUCGUCACCGGCCGCCACGCCGCGCUGCUGGCGCGCUAUCGAGAUGAGCCGGAUACGUUUGCCGUCGCCGGCGGUGCCGACGCGCCCGCCAGGCGCGAGGCCAAGAUGGCCGCGUUUCGCGCCGAGAAGGAGCUCAAGCGCCGUCUGGACAUGCUGCGCGCGGACCCCCGGUACCAACUCGGCGACGGCGACGGCGACGAGGACGUGGUGCGCCAGGCGCACCUCGCGGCGGUGCACCUCGGCGUGCACGCCGCACUGCAGGGCCUCGAGUCGCUGAACCGCGAAAUGGAGAUGCUCGCCAUGGCGCCCGAGUCGGUCUCUGCUGACGGCGCCGCUGGCGCCGCUGGCGACGCGAACAGCCGCCGCCGUGACACCGAAGACGACGCGACGUGGCGUCUCGACGCGCCGCUGCGGCGCGGACCGGGCACCGGCCCCUUGCUCUCGGCCCAGGGCAGGCCGCUGCAGCCGUUUACGCUCGUGGGCAGCCGCGCGGACCUGCGCGCCGGCGUGUUCCGCGCGGGCCACAACCUGCCGACCAUGAGCAUCGACGAGUACCUGGACGAGGAGGCGCGCCGCGGCAACAUCCUGUCGGGCGGCACCGACCCGGUCAAGCCCGCCGUCGACGAGGAUGACAACGAGGCCGUGGACCGCGAAACGUACAAGGCGCGCGAGUGGGACGACUUCAAGGAUGAGAACCGCCGUGGUGCGGGAAACACAAUGAAUGUGAGCUGA